AUGCGGGCACCUCUCUGGUUUGCCCUUUGCGGCGUUGGCUCGGAGUUGGUGGGCGUCCCUGGUGCUCGCCACGUCUGCGCCGCACUUGCCGGUGAGGAGGUGGACAGCACGAUGAGAACACUGUUGACGGUGCUGAGCGGCGUGGGGAGUGCGGUGGGUCGGCUGGGGAUGAGCUACUUCGAGGUCUGGUCGCACUCGCGCAUGGCGGAAGAUCGAAUCCCCAUCACGGUGUCCCUUUUUGUACUGGCCGUGCGCAUUAUUCUUGUACGUGCUGCGUGUUGCGGUAGCCCCAGCGCAGGUGCUGCGUGGGCGUGGUUUGCAGUUGCGGCGCUGGGGAGUGGCUUUGACGCCGCCGACUCCGUCCCUGCCGUGCGCACCAUGCCUGCAAGGGUGGCCCUGCGCAGGUCUACGGCUUCGCAGGCGGCCUCUUGUGGCUGUCGGCUGUGCGGCUCGACCGUUUUCUGCACGGUGGGGGGUGGUGUGCGUGGGAGGUUGGGCGCCGCGGUGGCGUCUUGUGCCACCGAAGGUCGUGUGUGCUUAAUCCAGUGCUUGUGGUGCCGGUUUGGUCCAUGGCCUGUUUGUUCUCAAUUGGUUACCUACGCGCGGUCUGCGCUUGCUUCUUGCCGAUCGUUGCCGUCGCAGAGUGGAGUCAACGGGGCCCAUCAGUGGUGGGCGUCGGAGGCCGGAUUAGCCGAAUGGCCCUGA